AUGUCCGAUAUAACGCAGCUGUCAGAGGAUGACCGAACUUUCGUAGACUCGUACUUGCCACGGGAUGCCUGUAACGCCUCUGCAACUGAAACCGCAUCCUCUGGCCGCCAGCACUCGCAUUGUGUCCGAGCAUCUGCACCUGAGAAGCGUGACUUGCCCUUCGUGACAUUGACCUAUGCAUCUUCCCUGGACAGCAUGAUCGCGCUGGCACCUGGAGCCAGGACUACGCUCUCAGGUCCGGAGACCAAGAGUAUGACACAUUACCUGCGCCUGCGACAUGAUGCUAUCUUGAUCGGUGCAGGAACAGCGGCCACCGACGACCCAGGCCUCAAUUGCCGUUAUCCCCAGGCGGUCUUGAGCGACCAGCCGCGUCCGGUCAUUGUCGAUCCAAAUGGAAGGUGGAAAGAUGAGAGCAAGAAGGCAUUUCGACUUGCUUCGGAAAGGCAGGGCAAGGCACCUUGGAUUAUUACCCGAACUUCCGAUACCUCACCGCUGGACCCGCUCCUUCAGAUCGGCGGAGAAUAUCUCACACUCGAUGACGAUCAUCCCAGUUCGUCCGACUCGGCAAUCUCAUGGGUUUCUAUUCUGAGAACACUCAAACAAAGGGGAAUCAACAGUGUGAUGGUCGAAGGCGGCGCGACGGUGAUCAACACAUUGCUCAGUCUCCCUGAUCUGGUCGACUCCAUCAUCAUCACCAUCGCGCCCACCUUUCUGGGUCAAGGUGGAGUUGCUGUCAGCCCUGCGGCCAAGACUGAUAAUGGCCAACGCAUCAACUCGGCAUGGCUCGAGAGGACUUCAUGGCGGCAGUUCGGCAACGACGCUGUGCUUUGUGGCAGGCUUCGAAGCUGA